AUGACUAAACGUGUAUUGUUGCUGGGUUCUGGUUUUGUUGCGCAGCCGGUUAUUGACACCUUGGCUGCCACUGAAGGCAUUGAAGUUACUGUUGCUUGUAGAACGUUGGCUAACGCCAAGCAGUUGGCUAGUGCCUCUGGUUCGGAUGCCAUCUCCUUGGAUGUUACCGAUGACAGCGCGCUGGACGCAGCUUUGGGCCAGCACGACCUAGUUAUCUCGUUGAUCCCAUACACUUUCCACCCAAAUGUGGUCAGAAGUGCCAUCAGGUUGAAGAAAGACGUCGUCACUUCCUCUUACAUUUCCCCAGCAUUGAGGGAGUUGGAGCCUGAGAUCAACAAAGCAGGUAUCACUGUUAUGAAUGAGAUCGGUUUGGACCCAGGUAUCGACCACUUGUACGCCGUGAAGACCAUCGAUGAGGUCCACAGAGCGGGCGGUAAGAUCAAGUCCUUCUUGUCAUACUGUGGUGGUCUGCCAGCCCCAGAAGACUCCGAUAAUCCAUUGGGUUACAAGUUCUCCUGGUCCUCCCGUGGUGUCCUAUUGGCACUAAGAAACUCUGCCAAGUACUGGAAGGACGGUAAGAUCGAGACCAUCUCUUCUGAAGACUUGAUGGCCUCCGCCAAGCCAUACUUCAUCUACCCAGGUUACGCCUUCGUGUGCUACCCUAACAGAGACUCUACUUUGUUUAAGGAGCUAUACCACAUCCCAGAAGCUGACACUGUUAUCAGAGGUACUUUGAGAUACCAAGGUUUCCCAGAGUUCGUAAAAGCCCUAGUGGAUAUGGGUAUGCUAAAGGAUGACGAGAAUGCCAUCUUCAGCAGCGCUAUUCCAUGGAAUGACGCUCUAAAGCAAUACUUGGGUGCCAAGUCCACAUCAAGAGAAGAUCUAGUGGCCUCCAUAGACUCUAAAACCAACUGGAAAUCACAAGAGGACAGAGAUAGAAUCCUGUCUGGUUUCGCAUGGUUGGGUCUCUUCAGCGACACUAAGAUUACACCAAGAGGUAACGCUCUGGAUACUCUAUGUGCACGUCUUGAAGAAUUGAUGCAAUAUGAAGACGGCGAGCGUGAUAUGGUCGCCCUACAGCACAAGUUCGGUAUUGAAUGGGCAGAUGGUACCACCGAAGUCAGAACCUCCACCAUGAUCGAUUACGGUAAGGUCGGUGGUUACAGCUCCAUGGCUGCCACCGUGGGGUACCCAGUAGCCAUCGCUACCAAGUUUGUCCUAAACGGGACAAUAAAGGGACCUGGUCUAUUGGCUCCAUACUCCCCAGAGAUUAACGACCCUAUCAUGAAGGAACUAAAGGAUAAAUACGGUCUGUACCUGAAAGAAAAGACCAUCGCUUGA